ACCGCUCACACCAACACCCUCCUUUGCGCGCUCAGACUGCACACUACCAACUGCCGACACUCGCUUGACCACACACAAACACAUCGACGCCAUGGUGUCCUUCACCGCAAUACUGCUGCUCGCCGGCGCCGUCAUGCACGCGCAGGCGCAAGACUUCUCGGACCUGGUGGGCACUUGGAGCAGCAAGUCGAACUCGACAUUUACCGGCGACGGCUUCUACGAUCCCGUCAGCGACCACUUCACCGAGCCCAAGCACACGGGCAUCAGCUACUCGUUCACCGCCGACGGAUACUUCGAGGAGAGCUAUUACCGCGCUGUUGCGAACCCCACGAACCCCAAAUGCCCUACCGGCAUCAUCCAAUGGCAACACGGCAAGUUCUCCAAAGCCGUCGACGGCUCUCUGGAACUAUCCCCCAUCAAAGUCGACGGCCGGCAGAUGUAUAGCGACCCAUGCGCGUACAAGACGUCGGUUUACACGCGGUACAACGCAACCGAGCAAUUCCAGGUUCGUUCCAUCUCCCAUCCAAUCCCCUGCUCAUCGGUCUGCGGUUUGCGUUGUUGAACUGCUCCCUGACGCUCCCCCAGCGCUACGAAGUCCGCAUAGACGACUACCACAAGAUCAAGCGCCUCGAUCUCUA